AUGAUCGCCGACGCCGUCUUCGUCGCGGCAUGUGUGAUGGAGUCGAAAGGCCUCAUUGACCUCACAAGUGCGGCGAAGCAUGCCGUAGUGACGGUGGAAAAUGUGUUUAACCACCGCAUGAAGUGCCUCCGCCAUAUUCGAAGCCCGCCAUUCACACCGUACGCCCGCUGCAUCGCAGCGAAGCCGGACUUCACCGCUGGGGCGGGCGUUGACGCGACAAAGCUCUCGCUCUACGCACAGAAGGCGGGCGAGAUUGCGGUGGGUGCGGCCGAUAGGCUGAAGCAGCUCAUGGCGUCGAAGGAGCUCGACGCGCUCCGCAAGAAGGCGCUGCAGACGCGUGUGGAGAACAUGGAGCAGACCGCCCGAGCCAUGGGUGCAUCGCUGGCUGCAUUCGCCCGAGUCUGUGAUGAUGCGGAGGUGCUGAAGGACCACACCGUCAGGGUGGAGCGGCCGUUUGAUGCAUCGAUGAUAUGCUUUGCCCUCUGCAAGAAGGAAUCGCAAUGA